AUGGAAAUUCCUGGAACUCUAGAGCGGCCAUGGACACCGCCAGAGCUGGAAGACCGCUCAUACGCUCGCCCGGAUCAUUUCGACCUAUACAGCAACUCGCCAUCGCGCUAUUCAAGGGCGAAAGAGCAACGCUGGCUGAGGGAGGCGAAUCGCGUACACGAACAGCCCCCGUGGGCUGCUGAGACCUUUCAGCCAAAGACUCCCACCAUGCCAUCGCGACCUAAGCCUACUUCACGUUACACCGAACCGCCUUCGUAUCCGUAUACACCUACGAGGUCAUACUAUUUUGACGAUGCCUACCCUCCGCCACCGAAAAGCGUGCCACGGUACCCUUACACGCCCGAUACCUCCCAGAUAUUGCGCCGGCAUACUGAGUUUCUUGCGUCGCCUACGCCAUGGGACGAUUAUUCGGUGGUUUCUUCGUCGCCUGUACAACAUGCGUUAUCGUCCUGCAUCGCACAGUUUGAGGAUUUGAUCCAGUCUCAGCAGCCUGAUGAAGAUCAAAUGGAAUACAUUGUGGGGCAGUUUGAAGCCAUGGCGACUCAUCUCGCCACUCCCGAACCUCACACGAGGGAUGUGGAUGAGCAAACUGUCUUAAAUUUGGACCACACCCAAGACAUUAUGCAGACCGAAGGCGACAAGGAUGGGCUUGCGGAAGCGAAAAGACUCUAUCACCAGGCGUAUGUGGCCGAGGUAGACAACUACGUCAAAGGCGUACAAAAGGCCAUUCACGAUCUCAGGAAACGCCUCGAUGAAGUCAAGACACUAAACAGCAUUCAGCUAGACGUCAUCAAUGAUCUCCGCAUGCAAAUGAAAAAUGUUCGCCAAAACAUGCGGGACGAGCUUAAACGAAAGAAAGACGAAUACAACGGCAAUGACGGUAAUGAUAAUGAACACUACGACAAUGAACCUACCACGAAAGAAUUCGGCAUGGACAGUUGGCAAACAUUGGUAGACGACGAAAACUUUUCCCAGGAAAUUCACGAGGAAUACGCCAAAUUCGUGCGCAGCACCGUAGACAGUCUGACGGCAAAGAAUCCCCCUGUUACGCCGACCAAGCGAAAACUGAUUACGAUCGUACGGACGCCCCCGCGACGCAGCUUUUGGGCCUCGAUUGGCGAAGCCCUGGAUGCAAUGUCCGAUUUACUACUUGAAGAUUGA